AUGUAUAGAAACGGUUGCUGGAGCGGCAACGGUGGUGGUGGGGGCGACGUCAUUGCCAUAGCUUUACUGUGGAUUGGGCUUGCUGCACUCAACACACCGACAACGGCUAUAACGACAAAUGCCAGCGCGGCAAUAACAAUAUCAACAAUAAUACCAACAACAACAAUGGCAGCGCCAAAUCCACAAAUCCCAUAUACAGCAAAUCGAAAAAUAAAUCCAAAUACCGCGCAACUACGGCCAACACCAGUAGCAGCAGCAACAGUUGCAAAGCCUUUGCUCGCGUCCACAUCCACAUUGACACGCACACCCACAACAGCUGAGGCAGCUUCAGUCUCAGCUUCAUCCUUAAUAUCCAUGCUGCCGCCAUUGAGUCGCACCAACGCUGCAAAUUACUUCACUUUAACUGGCAAAUUUAAUCCGUUUGGUAGGAAGCGUCGGGCAGCAGCUGUAAAUGCAGCUGUUGCUGCCACAACGCUUGACAGUAAUCCUAAUACCAACAGCUGGGAGAGUAACAAAAAUAAAAGUUCUUUUACCACACCGUUAAAUGUUAGUCAACAUGCCGGCGAGCUGUGCAAUCGUCGCUGCGUGGCUGGCGACAGUCGCAUUUGCUAUUUCAAAUUUGUGCUCGAACAUUACCAGGUCAUGGGAGUUGCUUGUGGCCGCUGCUCGCUUGGCAUUACCGCCGAUUGCUUUGCACCGCAAUGCAUCUUGGCAGAUGGCUAUGAGAAGGGUGUUAUGAGCAUUAACCGUCAGCUACCCGGACCUGCUAUUCAGGUGUGUCGUGAUGAUUUGAUUGUAGUAGAUGUGGUCAACCAAGCGCUUGGCACUGCCGCAGCUAUUCAUUGGCAUGGUCAGCAUAUGGUUGCAACCCCUUGGUCGGAUGGUGUACCCUUUGUCACUCAAUGUCCAAUACAUUUUGCCAAUUCGUUCCGUUACUACUUUUGGGCCACCGAAGUGGGUACGCAUUUCUACCAUUCGCAUUCAGGUCAUCACAAGGUUAACGGCCAGUAUGGCGCGCUUAUCGUGCGGGACGAUCCGACGCUUAUGCUCAACAGCAACACCUACGAUUUCGAUUUACCCGAACACUAUAUACUCAUGUCCGAUUGGAUGCAUACAUAUGCCGAGCAAUAUUUUCCUGGUGAGCCCAGUGCGGCAGGAAUAUUUCCAGAUGCGGUGCUAAUCAAUGGGCGUGGUAUUUAUUAUACAAAAGAUGGCGUGCGAGCACCGACCAUAGUGCCUCCAAUGCGCUAUUAUGUCAUACCUGGGAAGCGCUAUCGUUUUCGUUUAAUAAACUCGAUUAGUCAUUCGUGUCCUUUUCAGUUACAAAUCGAGCGUCACAAUAUAAGCAUCAUUGCUUCUGAUUCUUACGACUUAAAGUCACGUGAUUUCAAUACGCUAAUUUCCAAUGCCGGUGAACGUUAUGAUUUUGUCUUGACCGCUAAUAAUACGGCUGGAGACUAUUGGAUUCGUGCACGUGGCAUGGGCGUGUGCGCUAUUCUACCCACCGAGUCUUUUGCCUUGAUACGCUAUGUAAGUAAUGAUGCCACAGGGGAGUCUGAUGAUGAACGUCCUCUGCCAGCAAUGCCGCUAUAUAAUGAGACUUUCAUCCCGGGUGUGUUUCUCAAUCAUCCCAACGGCACCUGUGGUGCUGCCGACAAUCACUGCAUUAGCGAACUUGAAGCUCUGGAAAAAGAUGAACCAUUGCGCACUGCCAUACCAGAUCAUCAAUUCUUGUUGACUUUUCAUAACUUCCCUGUACCUAAUAGUGAGAUCUUCAAGAAUGGCACUUACUAUCACUUUGCGAACCUUCAAAACAACCUAACCAUAGUGGGUGCCAUUAACAAUCUUACUUUCGUCUUUCCCAAUUAUCCGCCACUGACGCAACCGGAAGCAAUGAACGAAACACAAUUCUGCACUGAACUUGAACGACCAGCUGCAUGUCUGGGAAAUCGUCUCUGUCCAUGUGUGCAUCGACUACACAUACGAUUGGGCAGUAUUGUGGAGCUGAUUUUAGUAGAUGCAACGGAAUUGGUUGGCCGCUUGCAUCAUCCUUUUCACUUGCAUGGCCAUCGUUUUAUUGUAACUGGCUUGGGACGUGAUUCGAGUGGAGCGCCAAUAACUGUUUUGGCUGCCAAGCAAUUGAAAGCCAACAAAUUGUUGCCAUAUAACAGCAACAAUACAAGCCCACCAUUCAAGGAUACUGUAUCGAUACCGAGUCGCGGAUAUGCAGUUGUACGUUUUCGUGCUGAGAAUCCGGGCUUUUGGCUGAUGCACUGCCACUACGAAUGGCAUUUGGCCAUCGGCAUGGGCUUAAUACUACAGGUGGGCAAUAUGAGUGAAAUGGUGCCAGCACCGAAAGGAUUUCCCAGCUGUGGUAAUUACCUGCCUGAAUUGGACGAAAUCGAAGGAUUUACCACAAAAAACUACUAUAUGUAACUAAUGGAAAUAUUAAAUGCAAAAAUAUGUUCAAACGAAAUCAUAAAAUAGCAUUAAAAUAGCUUGCAAAUGUUCACUUAUAAAUAUGUAUAUGUAGACGCAUGUAUGUGUGCGCUCAUAUA